AUUUACGAAAGUAAUUAUGUAUAUUUUUUAGCAAACGCACUUUCAGAAUGACAUCUCUGCGCUGUUAUCUCUCCGCCACUUUGGUCUUUAUGGCUAUUGCUUGCUCAGUACCCGCCUUCGCCGACACAAACAAUGCGGAAUUGGUGCCGGAAAAGCCAGCAGUGCCAACACCAGUGCAACUCGCUGCCAGCAGCUACAAUCAUUUUCGUCUACCCAGAUCGAUCAAACCACAAAAAUACACGCUGCACGUGAUCACACAUCUCGAGAAUCCGGAAAAUCUUACCUUUGUCGGUGAGGUUGCAAUGCAUUUGAUAGCAUUGGAGGAUACAAGCAACAUCACGCUACACGCGCUGAAUCUUACUAUCAACAGCAACGAAAUAAUAUUACGUAAUCUACGCGCCAAGGAAACCGAACAGAAGAAUUGUGUGCGUGGCACCGAGGUGAAUGCCUACCAUGACUACUAUAUUAUGCACUUGUGCGAACCGUUGCGUAGGGGUGAAGAAUACAUACUCACCAUGCCGUUUUCGAGCAUUUUGAAUUUGAACUUGCGUGGCUACUAUCGCAGUUCGUAUGUGGAUCGUGGCAGUAACGAAACGAGAUGGCUUGCGGUUACACAAUUUGAACCGGCGUCGGCGCGUCUCGCCUUUCCGUGCUUCGAUGAGCCCGAUUAUAAGGCGAAAUUUGUUGUUAUACUCGGACAUAAUAAGAGGUAUACAGCAUUGAGUAAUAUGCCGCUGAAGGAGACACGCGCCAUGGCCGACAAAAAGGACUGGGUGUGGAGCGAGUUCGAAGAGUCGGUGCCCAUGUCAACCUACUUGGUCGCCUACAGUGUCAAUGACUUCGCAUAUGUAAACUCCGAAACUAGCUUGAAGAACAAAGUACAGUUCCGCACCUGGGCACGUCCGGAUGCCAUCGACCAGUGCACUUAUGCUGCCGAAGUCGGACCAAAAGUGUUGCAGUACUACGAAGAUAUCUUCAACAUAAAAUUCCCAUUGGACAAAAUCGAUGAGAUUGCUAUACCAGAUUUUAGUGCCGGCGCUAUGGAGAAUUGGGGCCUUGUCACCUAUCGUGAAACUGCAUUACUCUAUGCCGAGAAUGUUUCCUCUUUGGAAAGCAAGCAGCGUGUCGCUUCUGUCAUUGCACACGAACUGGCCCAUCAAUGGUUUGGCAAUUUGGUGACAAUGAAAUGGUGGCAAGAUUUGUGGUUGAAUGAAGGUUUCGCUACCUAUGUCGCCAGUUUGGGUAUCGAGCAUAUCAAUCCGGAAUGGCGUGGUUUGGAAAAGGAGUCCGUCGACAACACCUUAGCUAUCUUCAAGUUGGACGCACUCAAGAGCAGUCAUCCGAUUUCACAGGAAAUUAAUCACACCAACAAAAUCGCCGAAAUCUUUGACUCGAUUUCCUACAAAAAGGGUUCAACUGUGCUCCGCAUGAUGCACCUCUUCCUUGGCGAUGACGCUUUCCGCUCCGGUCUGCAUUACUAUCUCAAGAAACACGCUUACGGCAAUGCAGAGCAAGACGAUCUCUGGUCGGCGCUUACUGAGGCUGCGCAUAAAUUCCGCACACUCCCGAAAUCUUUCGACAUUAAAACCAUCAUGGAUUCGUGGACAUUGCAAACCGGUUAUCCGAUCAUUACAGUGACACGCGAUUACGAACGCAAUCUGGCUAAAGUGACGCAGAUACGUUACUUGCUUGACACAGUCGCUUCACGUAAUGCCGAACGCAGCUGUUGGUGGGUGCCAUUGAGCUACACCAGUCAAACGGAGACUGAAUUCAACGCUACUGCACCGAAAAAUUGGCUGCAGUGUAGCGAAUUGCAAGAACCGUUGACUAAAACACUCAAAGAUAUGCCCAACCAGAAUGAAUGGAUUCUUUUCAAUGUUCAAAUGUCGGGUCUGUACAAAGUGAAGUAUGACGAACGCAAUUGGAAUAUGCUGAUUGAAACUUUGACCAGCGAGAAUUACAAUAAGAUCCACGUGAUCAAUCGCGCGCAUCUCAUCGACGAUGCUUUGACUUUGGCCUGGACCGGCGAUCAGGAUUACGAUAUCGCUAUGCGUUUGAUUGAAUAUUUAGUGCGCGAACGUGAGUAUAUACCGUGGAAGGCUGCUUUGGACAAUUUGCGGGAUGUCAACAGAAUUUUGCGUCAAACUCCAGAGUAUGAGUACUUUAAGAAAUACAUGCGCAAAAUACUCUCCCCCAUUUACAUUUAUCUCGGAGGCUUGAAUGCGACCACUGAAGCCAACACCGCACCGCACACCAUACUCCACAAAGAACUCAUCGCCAGCUGGGCCUGCCGCUUUGAAGUUGAAGACUGUAUACCAAGCGCACAGCAUUAUUUCAAGCAAUGGCGCGCCGUGCCUAAUCCGGAUGAAUACAAUCCAGUACCGAAAGAUCUGCGCUCGGUCGUCUACUGUACGUCCAUACGUCAUGGCAACGAAGAGGAUUGGCAAUUCCUUUGGGCACGCUAUAAGAAUUCCAAUGUAGCAGCUGAGAAGCGUACCAUCAUUUCGGCAUUGGGUUGCUCACGCGAAAUUUGGUUACUGCAACGUUAUCUGGAAUGGGCGUUCGACAGCGACAAACAUAUACGCCGACAAGAUUCCACCUUUGCUUUCGGUGCUGUGGCGCGUGGAGAAGUUGGCUUCCAUUUAGCGCGAGACUAUUUAAUUAACAACAUUGAGUUCCUGCAUGAAUACUAUGAACCCAACGGUUCGGAGCUUCGUCGUCUAUUUUCUCCUAUCGCCAGCCAAAUGAGUAGCCAACGUGAAUACGAGACGAUGCGUCAUUUCUGCGAUGAAAACAAACAGCUCCUACGCAAGGUCGAACAGGGUGUACAACAGGCUUUGGAGACGAUCAAGAUCAAUGCUCAGUGGAAGGAACGCAACUACAAUGAGAUCUCGCGUCGUUUGCGCAGUCGUUUAACGACAGAUGAAUUCUAAGCUUAUUGGCUAGCUUAAAAGUAGUUAUAAAUACAUACAUUCAUACAUUUAAAUACGUUUAAGUUAUUGGGGACUUCUUUUCGAAAGCCUUUAUGGCAUUAUCCAUUUUAUUCGAUACGCUGGAACCAGCUCAUGAGAUUUGAAGAAGAUUGAAUUUGUGGAAUGAUAUUAAAGUAAAUAAAAUUUAAAAUUUUUCGGCAAUGGA